GCCCUGACAGCCCGUGGUGGGCCGCGCUCCCCCGACCUGGCCGGCCCGGCCCCUCCGAGCGGGGGAAGCAUGUCCAAGAUGCCGGCCAAGAAGAAGAGCUGCUUCCAGAUCACCAGCGUGACCACGGCGCAGGUGGCCAGCAGCAUUACCGAGGACACGGAGAGCCUGGAUGACCCGGAUGAGUCCCGCACCGAGGAUGUGUCUUCUGAAAUCUUUGAUGUUUCCCGAGCCACCGACUAUGGCCCCGAGGAUGUCUGUGAGCGGAGCUCCUCUGAAGAAACUCUCAACAACGUGGGUGAGGCUGAAACUCCCAGCAGUGUCUCUCCCAACCUCCUCCUGGAUGGGCAGCUGGCUGCAGCUGCUGGUGGGGGAGCUGCUGUGCCACCAGCAGUGGUCCCAAAUGGGGGGGCCGUGCCCAAGAGCUCUGCCGUGCCCCUGCCAGCUGCCGGUGCUGCCACCGGUGCUCAACCUGCCUUGCCCCCCUCGGGGCCUUCUGCGCCUGCUGCGCCUGGGACAAUGGCUCAGACAGUGGCUGCUGCAUGCAGCUCACGUUUCAGGGUGAUCAAGCUGGAUCACGGAACUGGGGAACCCUACAGGCGAGGACGAUGGACUUGUAUGGAGUAUUAUGACCGGGACUCUGAUGGCAGUACUGUCUUGGGCAGGACUGGAGAUUGCAUUAGGCACAGCAGCACCUUUGAGCAGGCUGCUCAAGAGAGGGACAGUGGGCUCGGUGCCACAGGGGGUUCUGUUGUCGUCUCAGCUGUGCCAGCGUCGGCACAUGGCCCUGAUUCCAUAGCUGACAGUUCCCUUCCUGCUGUGUCACAGCUGCUCCAGACAGAGAAGACAAACCAGGCCUCUCUACAGCAACCUAAUUUUGUCAUUGGGCAACAACAGCAGUCGCAACAACCCAUAGGUGGGGCCAUGCCUCAAAGUACUGCUCAGUCUAUGUUUUCUGGAGCUUCGGUAGCAAAUCAGCAGAUAAUGGUGCCACAGCAAUCACAGCCACAGGUAAAUACGCAGAGCGUUGCGCAGGUUGGACCCAAUGGAAAAGGCAUAGCACCUCCAAAUGUAACGAUGGGCCAGCCAAGCAUUCCUGCGGCACAGCAGCAGGCGCAGCAAGCGAGCGUACCAGUGACUCAGCCUCAACAAUUUACUUAUUCUCAAUCCCAGAUUCCACCGGUGCACCUACUGCCAACGCAACCUUCUGGUCAGUCUGAAUACAUGCAGCACAUGACAAUUAUGCAGCCGCAAGGAGCUAUUCAGCAGGCUCCUGCAGGCUCUGUUCCAAGUACGGCGGCCUCCAACCUGCCUGUGGGACAGGUGGCUGGCCUGAGCCCUUCACCUGGGGGAGCACCGGUGAUGGGGGUGCCAGCGCAGCCAGGUGAAGCAGUUGCACAGGGAUCAGGAAUUAUGCAAAGUGGCCAGACGCAGGCUGGUCAGACUGCUGUCCAGCAGCCAGGAGGUGUGGUGCAGCAAGGAAUUGGGCAUGCAGGGGUUGUGCAACAGAAAUCUGUGACUCAGCAUCAAAUGAGUGGAAGCAGUCAAGUGUCUGGAAUGCCUGGUGCUCCCCAUGCCGUGGUUUCUGGAGUUCAGAACGUGCCUGCAGUUGUGCCCGGUACGAGUGUGCCUAGUGUGUCUACCACUUCUGUUACUAUGCCAAACGUCCCUGUUACUCUGGUUCAGUCACAGCUGCCUAGCCACACUUCUGUCAGCAGAAGUACCGGUGUUGUCCAGCAGCAGCAGCAGCAUGUCGGGCACUCCUUGAUACAAGGUGCACCUAAUGUACCUACAAAUCUGUCACAGUCGAACCUCGGACAGUUUCAGGCUCCUGCUCAAUCUGUAGUAGGCCAGAUUGAUGAUACUAGAAGAAAAUCGGAACCCCUACCUCAGCCACCACUUUCUCUUACAGCUGAAAUUAAACCUCUUGUGAAGCCUCCUGUUGCAGACACUCUAGCAAAUCCUCUUCAGUUACCUGCAAGUACUCCCAUGAACAGUCUUGCCAGCUCUGUGUUUGGCAUAUCUAUUCCUGUUGAUGGCGAUGAAGACAGGAAUCCGUCAACUGCAUUCUACCAAGCGUUCCAUUUCAACAAGUUACGUGAGUCAAAGACCUUCUGGGAUAGUGCGUCUGGUGCAAGUGUUGUUGCCAUUGACAACAAAAUAGAACAGGCAAUGGAUUUGGUGAAAAGCCAUUUGAUGUACGCAGUAAGAGAAGAAGUGGAAGUUCUGAAGGAACAAAUAAAAGAAUUAGUUGAAAGGAACUCUUUACUUGAACGAGAGAACGCACUGUUGAAGUCUCUUUCAAACAACGAUCAGUUAUCCCAACUUUCAGCCCAACAGGCCAACCCCAGUAGCACUUUGCAGGCGCAGGCGGUGACAGCGCAGCCUGCACAGCCAGCACAGCCUCCGCAGCAGCCGAAUGUCUCCUCAGCGUAAAGCUUUCCUGCCUCGUUUCAAAGCAGAAAACCUGAGAGCAGUCUGUCCUCGUGUGCCACUGAUGUUCUUUCCACUUUAUAUGAAAGCGAGUAGCCAUGCUUCUGUCGCGUGUUUGGCCUUCUCAGUAUUAGACAAUCAUCCCACAGGAGCUUUCCCUGCCUGACGCGGGGCAGAGCGCCGCUGGGCUCCGUUCUGCCGUCGGGCGCAGGGAGCUGAUGGCGGAGCUGCUCUGCGCGGCCGGGCUGCUGUGGAGGUGCGGCAGCUCCGCGGGGCUCCGUCGCUGUCGUGAGAAGCAUCGAUUCCCCGAGAGCCACUGUCCUUUCCAUAUAAGUAACAUUUGCCUACAUUAGUUUCAUUUAUGUUGUUUUAUUUAUUACAGGGCUGCUAUUUUCAUAAUGUUCAUGAACAAUGUCACAGAACUUUUUUUAAUUUUUUGAUAAAUGUGUGUAUCGGUAAAACGAUAGAUGGGAUUGCGUUAAUAGGUAAAAUGUGUGGGCAAUAAUUGAACAAAAGGAUCCUGGCAUAUCUCUAACACUAAUGGCAAUUCACCUUGGGUAUUUAUUUACGGUAGUGAAGAUCCAGCUGGAAUGUAAAUUUUGUAUAGAGUGUAAGUAUGAAGAGCAUAGUGCAUCUGUACAGGUAGUCACCAGUCCUUGUGAUAUAAUAAAUAAUGGAUGGGCUAUUUUGAUGAAGAAAACUUUGCUCAUUUCUGUUUCUACUUUCUGAUAGAGAGAAAUUGCCACGAUUCCUCCGCUUUUUGACAUUUCGUAUAAUUUUUUUUUUUUUUUUUGGGUGGGAAUAAAAAGCUGUGAAAUUGUUCAACCUCCUUUGUAACCAAAGAAGCAAAGCUGUGUAAUUGAGUUGUUUUUUUUUAUUUUAUAAUGCACAUUCUUUAUGUAUUUUUAUUUAGUGUUUCCUCAUUCACACCUUUCUUUGCUGUCUAGCAUGAUCUGCAUGACCUAUAAUCUUCGAACCACUUUCGUACCUCAUGUUUUUAUCCAGCACUCUUAUCGUAACGUGUAUCAGUCUGUGAACAGCGUCAAAGAAAGAGAGAAGAGCCGCGUGCGCUGCGCUCGGGUGGUGGCGGUGAAGUGAGCCAUCUUUUGUUCAUUUAAAAUGGUGUUUUGAAUUUCGUAUGCAGGAAACGUUUUGUUACAUUGCAGAUUUUAAUGUAUUUAAUAAAUGCAACAUGCAGAUUA